AUGGAUACGAGAGAAAUUGGACAAACCAGGCGAGACGGAUUUAGACAGUGUAAUCUAAGUUCCUAUCACCGUUUGAUAACACUACUAUCAUCGAGAUCGGCUUCGCCAGAGCUGGUUAUCUUCGAGGAAGUGAAAUUCCUACCGUCGCCGGAUUCUCUACUUUCGAUACGUCUUGAUCCUCUUCAGAUUGAUGAUUACGCAAGAGCAGUUGAAAUUCAGCGACCGAUACUACAAAAUAUGCCUAUGGCUGCGCAUUGUCGCGUCGACACCUCUAAGAGAAAUGAUCGCUACGAGAGGAUAAGGAGAAUGCCCGAGUCGUCCACUCUAUCGCAUGCUUCCACGGACUACAAGCAGCACAUGAAGUGGCUGGUUGAGCGUGAAAAGUAUUCCAAUGCGGUUCCCAUGAUUCCGCAGGAUUUCUCGCGUAAGCUUCUUAACAUCGUCACAGUGAAAGCACAGCUUUAUAUGCGUGGUCGCUGCCUGGCUCAAGGGUUCACUGUUGUCGCACUCGUUGGUGGAGCACUUCUUUUUGGUAUAAAACCAGAAGGAAUGGGUGUCGCCACAGAUGUCUCUUUGAUGUCUUCGCAUAGUGAAGCCAACAAUAUGUAA